CCGAAAAAGCAGCCAAAAGAUAGCCGGCACAAGCAAUCAUGAGUCUGAUUGUGGUAUUAAGUACUUGAGCAGGAGGUUUUGAUACUUCAUAGUGCGACUUGGGUUUUAUUUUCCUCCUCCCUUUCUCCUCUGUCUCUGUGCUGCGGCCUCCUGCAAUACAUAGCCCGAGCUAUGGAAGUUCCUACUUGCAGAUUUUUUGGUUUCUUUCCGUGAAAGAACCACGAGAGUGUUGAGGCACCGUCGUUUCAGGCUGAGAGCUACGGCCGCAACAUCUUUUUUCAAAAGAUGGCAGCAGUCACCGCGAACACUGCUCCCACCUCCACGAAGCCGGCCGCGGCACUGGUGCCGCAGGUCGGCGGACAGACACAGACGCACCAGCAACCGAGCGCGGCGGCCAACAUCGGUGCGCCGCAAGUUGUAGGCACAUCCAUCGGACCCGGCGCGCACGUGCGCAGGAACCAGCUGCAGACAAUUUCGCCCGCCAUGCAGUACCGCAGUACUACGCACAACCGCGUGGGCAGCGCCAUGACGCGCCGGUUGUCGCCCACCGCGCUGGUACAACUGAGCCCGCGGAGCUUCGGGAUCCGCAGUGCCGUUAUCGGUAGUGCUGCGACGGCGAGAACGACUACAACGGCGGCGGGGUUGCAGAGCCAAAUGAACGCCGCCGGCGGAGGAGCUUCCACAGCAGGUAGCCUCUGUAUGACUGUUUCGGUUUUUUUCGAAGUCUUGAACAAACCAAGAAACUUAGAGUGCCCUGAGGCUGAAUCUGAAAUAAAGGUAUAGAAACAGCAAAAGCAGGUAACGAACCGUCGGCAAUAUUAAAGGAGAACACCACGACGACGACGUCCACAGCCAUGCCGGCUGGCACGACAGCACCCCCUAGUACAACUACGACCUCGUCGGGGUUGCUGCACACCAAAUCCACGAAACAUCUGUACGGUGGCAACCAGCUCGGGCUGCCACCUUCUGCGCGGUUUCGCUCCAUGUCGCCCACCGGGUUGCUGCGUGCCGGGUUGGGACCCACAAACACCAGCAAUUUCACAUUUCAACCUACCGCUUUGUCGAAACCCACGACUACCGCUGGUACAACAACGACGGACCACGCGCAAAUAAAGGCUGCGACCGUUGCGAGGAUCGCCAACGCCGCGCGGCCGCCCAGCGGAACCAGUAGUGGUGCAGCUCCUGCGACGGCGACGACGAGCGGAGCAGGUGUAGCAAAUGCCGCAGGAACUGGAGGUAUUAAAACGGGGAACAAGAGUACUGUUUCGUCUACUGCAGGAACGCCAAUGGGGGAAACAGUGAACAACCCCUAUCAAAUGUAAAAAUGUCUGGGUCUGGAAGAUUCUGACACUUGUCAUGCACGUUUUGCAUGAGCCAUGACGUCUGUGAUGCAUACCCUAGCAAUACAGAUUUCUUGAGGGCUUCUUGAUGCCUAUUCCGCAUGGCAAAUGCCUGCUCAGCGUAGCAAAAAUUGCAUUCCCUUUGGUACUCAUGCAAUACAGAUUUUUUUGGAAUCUAAAUGCAGCAUCACAAGUUGCAUUCUUCCAGACCCAGACAUUUUUACAUUUGAUAACCCCGGUGUGUUGACGACGGCGACGUCCACCACGACUGAGCAGCUGCGCCAACUGAUUGGCGCGCCACCGUCAUCAUCCUCUGCCACCCGGUUACUCAAAGACGGCUCGCUGGAACGAAGAAACUUCCAGUUCAAAACGCAAGCGAUGUAUCCGCUGCAAAAGUAAUUUAUAUUGCACUCAUAGUAAUUGUAUUCUGCGAUUGUCACAGACACAGUCAGUGAAGAUGUUGACAAUUCUCACACUUGUUUACCAACGUGGUUCAGAACUGAACUUUUCUGUUUGAAAAAUAUACAAACAUAUUUGUAGUGCAAUUACUACCGGAAGAGCAAGAGGUACAAAAAUACUCUUGCAAAAAUGCAUACGAUGCUGCAAGGCGGAGCAACCACCUCGUCCAAAGCAGCGAACCACAGCCGGCGGCAGUCUUUCUCGGUUGCCAGCGUCGAGCACUGGAAGCAGCAAGGGACGGCUGGUGUUGCUUCGACUAAAAAGUUAACACCGACAGAACAACUACAGGGUGGAGCUGCUGCAGGUGUACCCCUAGUGCCCGCGGGAUCUACUGCAAGUUCGACAUCGGGAAAUAAAGGAGGUGCUGUUGAGCAACAAGACAAAACGUCAGAACAACAUCAAACACCCGCGGCGACAAGCAGGAACAGCAGCAGGGCCAGCGCUCUUAUAGCCGCGGCGGCGAACGCCACAGCAAAGUUUUUCUCUCCGCAAAGCCGAGCGGGCUUUAAUAUCGCACGAGCUAGCGCGGCAAGUGCAACUGGAUCUGGAACAAUUGCCGCUGCUGGAAAAAUUACCGCUGGCGAAACUUCUACUUCCGGAACGGCGACUGGUGGGACGAGCACGCGCGCGGCCUCGUCUAGUUCCUCUAGUUCCACCGCAGCUGCAGGAGAACAAGGGGACAAUAGUACGAAGUCGCAACCUGCCCACUCCGUGGACGCCUUGGUGGCGCAGGCGGUGCAAAAGGUGGACUCCCGGGUCGGCUCAAAAACGGGCAGUGGCUCCGCGGGGGUCAGUCCGCAACACGCAAACAGUGCUCGGACGUCGAGUGGGCAGCUGCUCCGGGGCGCGGCCAUCACCAAUUCCGGCCUGUUCGGCAAAAAUACCAGCUCGGCCUCCUCUCUCCUUCAGUUUCACAGCCCCACCGGGCCGACGGGGCCCGAUAACAUUAGCACAGGUGGACCACUUCUACAAGCCGGAACAAGUGCAGGUGCCCCGACCCGUGGGAGACAGCCGUUUGGCAUUCGGAACCAGAGCCCGCGGGGCGGCAUCGGGAAGUUUUCGGUCUCCCCGGAGAAGUUUGUGUCUCUGUCGCCCUUCAAGCACGGGUUUCUCGGCUUUGGCGUCAGUCCCCGCGGCCCCCAGAGUCGAACGUCGGCAGCUGGGUCCCCGGGCAUGGACGGAAAAAAUUUGGGCAGCGCUGGUGCUGCCGUGGUAGCCGCAGCGGUUGCAGGAAGUGGAAGUGGAAGUGCAUCGUCUUCUUCCAGUGCGACCGGAGCACCACAAAACACGACCCCCGCGACAACUGGUGUUAAAAAUAGUACCGGAGCUGCUCCUGCAGGGGGCCCCGCAGUGGGCAACCCGAUCCCACCGCUGCACCCCUCGAGUUUGACCUCGCCUGCAGACAGUGCUCUGCCGCAGAUCGCGCUGGAGUCCAAGUUCGCGGCCACGCAAAACUUCUAUGAAGAGAGUGCACCGCAGCUCCUCCUCGUCCCCUUGAUUUGUGAUGCUAAGCAAACGAAUCCCAAAUCCAUUCGCUGCCUCGUGGCACUGUUUGCAUGACAAGACAUUCCGGAAGCACAACCAGUACUACAUAAUUCGGUGCGUAUAUAUCGUUCGGCGCGUAUUGAGUUUCUGUUUGUCAGGCACGUUAACGACGUGUGCUGGCGAUUCUAUUGCUGUUCAUACCACGGAAGAGAUGAAAUGGGACUCACUGCGGGUGCAGCUGUGCACUUGCAUAUCUUGCCCCGCGGAGGAAACCACCCACAGGAGCCGCAGUCGGCGCGUCUGCCGGGGGCGCCUGUGGUGACGCAGCACUCAUCGCGGAGUGGGCACCCGGUCGUGAAGCCUGGUGGCGCGUCAGCGCAGUACCGAACCUCUUCCCACAGUGCGACCGGCAAUCCAAGCGGGUCCUCCUUUAUGCAGAAGCAACAGUCGAGCGCAACGCUCGGGGGAGCUGCCCACCGGGCCAUCGGAACAAGCAGGGGGCCUUCGCAGCCGAUUGUGGGCACGCGCCGCAGCCCGAUUCAGCAGGCACGGAUUCUGGGGGCACAGCCGGCGCGAGGGCCCAGCCCGAUUGCCAGCAUACAAUUGAAGGGCCUGGGAUUCGGGUUGAGGAGCAACAGUCCGGGGGUGGCCUGGUAAAUACUAUGUGAAGGAGGAUCAAAUCAUACAGAAACAGAAACUACCACUUUUGGUUUUCAAUAUGCCACUAAACAUAACAGAGAAAUUCUUCCGGAAUGGUGACCACACACUGGGAGAACGUUGUCAGACUUUAGUUCUAAAAAUUAUCAGGACCACCGGUAGCGGCGCGAAGCCUCACCUGCAGGCCUCGGAAAAUAAAGCGCUGUACAGCUCGCGGCAGAAUUUGCUGCAGCAAAUCGACAUCGAGGCGACGAGCGUGGAAAUCCUUCGCGGCGGGGGCAGUAGUGGUAAUAGUGCGGGACCUGCUGCUCCGGGAGAUCAUGGUACCACUAAAACUGCAGCACCCGCAGCUAGUAUCAUGGCUGCGACCCCCGUGGGUGACCAGGCCGUCGGGCAGAACAAGUAUCAGACGCCGGAUGGCAAAGGCCUGAUGAGCAACAGCAUGGCCAGCACCCCGGCGGAGCAGAGCUGUCCGCCAAGUGCCAUGGUGGUCGAGAAAUUGGUAUAUAUUAGUACUCUGAAUGUAUACCGACAUAAGUGCUGUCCGCUUAGUGCAAUCUGUAUGUUGAAGCUUUGCCAUAGUACUACUGCAACUGCACUGUCACUGACUCUGCAAUUGAGGUUAUGCCUGAGCAGCUCUGCAAAAGUGCGAGAACUUUGCUUUUUGUACAUGCAGUUGCACCCGACCGAGUAUAUUAAAUGGCACUAAUAUCGGUAUCAAAACUAAAACAGCAAGGAAUGGUCGAGGCUGUAUCCGAUUGUUCGCAAAAGUCCACGCCGGCGAUGCAGCGUGGGGUCAUUGCGCCGGUGAACGUUGCUGCGUCGGAGGUGGUCGUGAACGUGGAGCAGCCUACUUCUAGCAGCUCUGCCACCUCAGCUGGUGUCGUGCAACGGCCACAAGAAACGAGUCGAGAAGCUGCGGCCCAAAAGUCAUCUUCCGGCUCCUGCAACUCCGAAAGCGAGCAAGAGGCUUCGAGCACGACAAAAGGCGGCCCGAACAGCACCGGGUUUCUGCAGCAGUUUCCGCCGGCGUUACCCCUGCCUCCGAGCGGUGGACCGCAGCCAUCUGCGGACGGCUUGUCUUCGGCCUCGGGCUCGAAGCCGUCAACCUCGCGAAGCACUGUCGCAGGAGUAGAGGGUGGAAAUAACAGUGCUACAGGUGGCGUAUCUGCUGGGACUACAUCAAUGUCGUCAGCAACUACCAGAAUGGCCUCAUCUUCCCGGCAGCAGCUCUUAAGCAGGCCCCAGCUGACAAAACGAAGUCUGAACAAGGCGCCGUCAGCGUCGAAGAUAAAGGUAGACUUGUUUAUGUAACUUGGUAGAUUAUUUCAGUUUGAGAGCAACCUUUGUCUUCUUCCUGUAGACGGGUCUGCUUUUCGUGUUGCGGCGCAUGAGGACGUCGACCCGAGAAUUUUGGAGCAUUUCUGUGAGUUUUGUCUUUGCAUGUCGAGUAGUUUCAGAACAGCAAACCUACAAGAGAGCCGGCACAUGAUGUUACAGGCACAAGUAGACGCAGUAGGCGGGUUCCGGCUCUCGCCAGAAUCUAUGCAGCGGGGCAUCGUCGUGCAGCCACAAAGCCGUCUGGUGGACGCAAGAGGCGGGUACACAACUUAUUACACUUCUUAGUUCAUUAAGUGUGCUGCUGUACGGAAAAAUCACAGGUGCUGUAUGUACUCUCUUGUUUGGCGUGAUUUUGGUGGAAGAUAAAACAACACUUUCACUCCAGACCGCCCCUGCUGGACACCAGCAAGUCCUCGUCGGGCUUCAAAACUACUACCGGCAUCAAGCCCCUGGCACAGCCCCAGAUCGGUCUCGUUCCGCAAUCUUCCCCCCAGCAUAAACCCACGUCCACCCCUCCCCCGACUGGACACAAGUACAGCGUACGGGCGGGCGUGGUUGUUGCAGGGCACUGGGCAGCCAGCCGAAUCCAGCGCUGGUGGCGACUGCUGGUGUUUCACUCGAGGUUCUACAGCCACGGGCGGAAUGUAUCAAUACUACGGUGUACCUGUUUCGCGAUGACUGAACUUGGCCGCUUUUCAAUUCAUUUUGGCAUGAUGAAGUCAUCUCGGGAGUUCUUUAGAUGAGUGUUUUGCACGAGCUGCGUGGCGACUAGAACAAGAGCCGCAUGACGAGAUGAACAUGAAAAUAGAAGUACCAGUACCAAAAAUGUUAUAAAUUUAUUAUCAGGUGCUCAAGUGGAUCGGGUCGCUCGAAUGGCUGAUGAAGCAAAACAUGCUGUACGGCACCGAGAUUGCGGAACAAGAGGACUUUGACUACUGGGACCGGGCGUUUCACAGCUCGGCGCUGGAUAGCGAAGUAGACCCGUGGGGGAAUAAGCGAUUACGGGAGCACCUGAACAAGAUGUGGUACGGGUCGGAGCAGGGACCAGCGGUAACUGCAGGCCAGCAGCAGCAAGUGGUGCAGGUUGUGACUUCUCAGCAGCAAGAUAGCAUUGCUCAACAGCAUGAUUUGCAGCAGUACAACGACCACGCCUAUCUUCCCAAUGCCACCGGUCAGCAACAAGCAGUCACGCAGCAAGAAGUCCUGCCAGCUGGUCAACAGUAUUUUUAUCCCAGCGGUGGACCCGUGGCAGGAGCCGUCCCCGUCGGGCAGCAAAGUGUGCUGCAACUCGAACAGCAGCAGUACGCACCACAGUACCAGCAGGUGGUGAAUCAGGACCAAAUUCCCUGCCAAUAAAGACGGCAGUUUAAUACUAUACAUAUACAGUUAGUAUAUCAUCUGCGAUUGCAAAAUUUAAAUUUUGUUGUUUUCGCCUUGCCACUGCCAGUGCUGUCUUCUUUCGCUGGGUCUUUAGGAAGAUAGCAUUGGGAUAAAGAUGAUUAUCGAGUCUUGAGAGAGAUUUUGCUUUGGGAUUAUAUUAUCAUCUCCUGUGGCUGCGGCGCCCCAGAGUAGUGCUUACAAAGUUUAGGCACUGCCGCGUAAGUGCGGUCGGGGAGGACCGAGAGAGGCAAAACCAAAAUGCAGUAGUACAUAUUAAUUGAAAUGAGGACGUCCCUCGGUGGGUGUGAUGACGACCCCCGCCUAUGCGGGCUGUUAUUCUCGCCACUGUGAUACUGACUCUUUAAAAUCUCGAGCCGACGAGGACGAAAAAGCUACUCACGAGAGUCGGAGCGUUGUUGUAGUCCUUCUCGAUGUUCUUUCGGCGCGUUGUCGGUAUUAAG